UCAUGUCUUGGAUCAAAGAAAUUAAUAAGGAUCUAGAUCUAGGCCGAUGUUUUUAUUGCGUUCACCAAGCUGGCCAAGAAUAUUUAUAGGAUCUAAUCUAAAAGAUCUACAAUCUAGAUCUAGAUCUAGAUCUCAUCUAGAUCUAGAUUUCUAGGCCUACAGGCCUACAAUUAGGAAUACGUGAAAAGUGUUACGAACGCCGAAAGCCCUGGGACCUGGGAUCACAUCCUGUACUACACCAUUCACGGUUGAAAAAAUGAUAGCAGAUAGGAUCAUAGGAUCCUGACUUCUUUGAUUUGAUUACAUUUUCAGAGUUGAAAAUGUUUCUUCGUCAAGGUUUAUCGCUUGAAACCAGCUAUGGUUCGCUCACAUUAUUUACAACAAUAUUACACAAUGUUUUUUUGCUCUAUCAUGUGGACACGUUUGUAUCAGUGUACAAAAUCGAUAAAGUUUCAUUUUGGUUCGGAGAAGCAAUAUUUUUGGCUUGGAAUUCUUUUAACGACCCCCUGUUUGGAUGGUUUAGUGACAGCAAAUUUUUAAGUUCAAAGAAAGAUCAGAGGCCCACCAAAAAUGACUCUUCAGAUAUAAUUUGGACAAGGUUGACUGCCCUUCACACGUAUGGACCGCUUUUCGCAAUCUCAUUUUCCCUGUUUUGGAUAAACUGGAGUUGGCCUGGCUUACAAUUUGCUGUUUGUUUAUGUCUGUAUGAUGGAUUUUUGACCAUGAUUGAUCUUCACCAUAAUGCAUUACUGGCUGAUUUAUCCAUAUCUGGUGAUAAAAGAACAAGACUUAAUUCUAGUUGUUCGGUGUUUAGUGCGUUUGGUUCAGUGUCUGUGUUCUUAUCAUAUCUGUUCUGGAACAAGGCAAGCCUGUCAAUAUUUAGGACAUUCUGUUUUGGUUUGGCUUUGAUGUCAUUUGCUGGAUAUCUGGUCAUGGUGAAGGCUCUGAAGUCAACCUAUACAAAGCAAAGUAAAGACUCCUUUUCUGAAAUAGAAGUGUCUCAUAAACACAAGGAUGACAGCUCAAUGGAGACUCAAGCCUCAGUGGUCAAAUUUGGCAAACAGUUGCUCUCCCAUCGGAAUUUCUUAUGGUUUGCCCUUAUGAAUUUAGUGCAGGUCUUCCACUGCCACUUUAAUUCUAAUUUUUUCCCUCUGUUCCUGGAUACCUUACUUGGAGAGGCUGUGAGCCCAACGGUUGCAUCCACAUUAUUAGGUCUUUCCUUUGUGGCACCGCACAUUAACAAUCUGUAUUUCCUGGUGCUGUGCCGAAAGUUUGGAGUAUACACAAUCAUUCGGUCCCUUUUCCUUGUCAAACUGGGCCUCAGUCUUGUCAUGUAUCUUGCUGGCCCAAGCUGGAUCUGGCUAUUGUGUCUAUUUAUAGCAAGUAACAGAGUGUUCACUGAGGGCACAUGCAAGCUGCUGAGUCUAGUGAUCAGUGACCUGGUAGAUGAAGAUGUGGUGCUUCAUUCCCGACCCAAGGCUGUGUCUGCCCUAGUGUUUGGCACUGCAGCUCUUGUUUCUAAGCCUGGCCAAACUCUUGCUCCUGUGAUAGGGACUUGGAUAUUGGCUCUGCAAACUGGCCACGACAUCUUCCAGUCUGGAAAUGAGUCUGGGUCCUUGAAGCUUGAUCUUACCAAGAUGGACGACGGCGUCCAAGCCAUGUACAAGACCGGUGUGUUCUCCAUGCUCAUCUGUGUUCCUGUCAUCUGUGCUGUUCUGCAACUGUUGGCAUGGUCGCAGUUCACCCUGCGAGGUAACAGACUUGCCCAAGUGAAAGCCGCUCGUUUAGGCUUACAGCAGAUUCAAGUUUAACAAAGGAAUCAUUUGUUAUUGGAAUUUUUUUGUUUUGUUCAGAGGGUGUGUGUUUCAGGUCCUAAGCAUGAAACUGUUUGCUUUUUAAAAUUGUUUUCCUUUUAGCAUAUUGGGCCUUAACAUACUCUGCAAUUUUUCCUCUGUAGUUUUGUGCUUCAUGUAUAGCAUUAGAAUCAUUUUAGGAAAGCAAUUUGAAUAAGACAUAACCUGAAAGCUAUAUAAAUGAUGAAAUUUGAUAUUGUCUUCACUCUCAACUCCUUCAACCAUAUGGCUGAUAUGAGCUCUGAGCCAUUGGUUAUGAAUGAACGAAAGGUGUCAAAUACUCCUAGUUUGGAUAUUUUCUAUGGAAGAAAGUAAUAAAUUCAAUUGACAGUGAAAAUUACAAUGAGGAGAGGAGUCAUGUAUGGGUCCACACUAGUGCCUUUGACUUCUGGUAUCUAGCUCUGUUAACUAUGACCCAGAAUUGAAUUGUUGCUGAGAAA